AUGCCUUUGAUUGAGGUGUUGCAGGAUAUUCUAAGAUAUGCCAAGUUUGUCAAAGAUAUUGUGGCCAACAAGAUCAAGUUGGCUAAGUUUGAGACAGUAAUUCUCACUGAAGAGUAUAGUUCCAGAAUCUUGAAUAAUGUAAAGCUACCAGCUACGCAAAAAGUUCUAGGUAGUUUCACGGUACAAGUAACCAUUAGUAAGUGCAAUAAUGUAAGAGGUUUGUGUGAUCUAGGUGCAAGUAUAAACUUGAUGCUUAGAUCUAUACUUAAGAAAUUACGCUUGGGAGAACCUAAACCAACUACAAUUUUGUUACAAUUGGCUAAUCGUUUUGUAGCUAGACCUGAUGAUUUUAAUCCUGAUCCAGAGGUUCCUUUUAUCUUGGGACGUCCAUUCUUGGCAACAGGAAGUGCACUUAUUGAUGUAGCUGUAAGUAGAUUAACUAUGAGCGCAUAUGAAAAAGUUGAGGUGUUUGAUGUAUAUCAGGCACUGAAAUUGCCUGUAGUCUAUGAAGAAUUGUUUGUUAUAACUGUCAUUGACAAGGAAGUGGUAGCUUAG